AUGGCAUCGACGGUACAAGGCUUGGGCAAGGACGUCUGUGUUGUUGGUACGGGCGUGCUGGGACUCUUGGCGAUCAAAAACCUCAAGGAGCAGGGGCUUGAGCCUACCGCACUCGAGCGCAAUGACUUCAUUGCUGGCAAUUGGCAUGUUUCGGACAGAGAUCAGACCUCGGUGGUCGAGGCGACGACUCUAAAUACCUCCACACAAGUGUCAUGCUUCACAGAUUUCCCGUACCCCAAAGAUUAUCCUACCUUUGCUCCGGCGAAGAAAGUAGAAGCAUAUCUCCAGUCCUACGCUAAACAUUUCGACUUAUAUCCGCACAUCGAGUUCUCAAAAGAGGUCAUCAGCAUCGACAGAGAUCACAGCACUGGGAAAUGGGUAGUAAUAACCAAGGAUGCCAAAUCCGGUGCCGAGGAGAGCAGGACCUUCUCGCGUGUCGUUGUCGCCACGGGCAUCCUCAACGUGCCAAACAUGCCCAAAGUGAAAGGCAUGGAGAAGUUCGAGGGCGAGGUGGUACACUCACGUCAGUUUAAGAAUCCGUCCAAGUAUGCUGGCAAAAACGUGCUUGUUGUUGGAAUUGGUGCUACUGGAGCAGACACUCUCUCGUUCCUGAAGAAGGCCGGCGCAGGCAAGGUCUAUCUUAGUCACAGAGGGCAGUACUUCUUGCUACCACGAUGGCUUGAUGGGAAAGCAUUCGACCACCAAAUGAACCGGAGGGCUCUCACGAUUAUGCGUACCGUCAGUACCUAUGCGCCACGGGCAUGUGCCACGCUCAUGAGCAACAUGAUGGUCGCCGCGCGCAAGAAGGCAUUCCCCUGGCUAUCUCAACAUCCAUCGUUCCUGGCUCCACGACCCAGUGAGAGCGUCCUUCACCGAGUCCCUGUUUUCUCCGACGACCUCGCAGAACACCUUCGUGAUGGCGGUGUGGAGGCGGUCACCGGCAUCCAGGAAGUAUCCGGCCCGCGAUCAGUCACGCUGACAGACGGAAAGGUCCUCGAAGAUAUUGACGCAAUAAUCUUCUGCUCUGGCUACGAAUACGACUUCUCCAUCAUGAAAGGUGCCGGAAACCCCGUCGACCCGACCAAGGCCCCUGACGGCUACAAGAAGAUCACAUCCGCAAAGUACUAUAACCCACACAGCCCGUUCCCCCGUUUGUACCGGGGCAUCCUGUCUGAGCAAUAUCCAGAGUCCUUGGCUUUCCUAGGACAUGCUCUCAUCAUGGGACCGCCGUUCGUGAUGUACGACUUGUUCACCAUGGCUCUCGCCAGUACCUGGACCGGUGGCUACCCCCUGGAGUCAAAAGAAGCCAUGGCAAAAGACAUCAACAUCCAAUACGACUUUGUGUGCGACACCAUGCAGCGCGGCCCAGUCCCCCACCCUGGCUUCCGCAUGAUUGCCAACCCGACGUUCGAGUGGAUGAAUCAAGCCGCAGGGACAGGUGUUACGGACCGGGUAGCGUGCUGGAGUGCCGCGGCCUGGAAGCUGUGGUGGAGUGACAGGCGUUUCUACAACCUGUUGAUGGAUGGCAUCGACUCGCCUGCCAUAUAUCGAUUAUUUGACACAGGCAGGGGGCGCAAGCCGUGGAGUGGCGCCAGGGCUCAGAUCGAGCAAGUCAACGAGACGGUGAAGGCGAUGGGGGAGAAGUGGAAGAAAGAGCAGGCUACAAAGCAGCCUUGA